CAUGUUGGAGCAGAGUUUCUGGGCACCUUCCUUCUCAUGCUUGCGGCAAUAAGCGCUGCAAUUGAAAAAGAAAAGUCACAAGGACAAGAAACUAUGAUGGGAUGUGCAGAAAUUACUGGAGUUGUUAUGAUGAUCAUCAUAUACUCCAUAGGCAACAUCUCCGGGGCUCAUCUCAACCCCGCUGUAACCAUCUCCUUUGCUGCAAUAAAGCACAUCCCGUGGAAGAAUGUGCCUUUGUAUAUUGGUGCACAAGUUUUGGCAUCAGUGAGUGCUGCAUUUGCUCUGAAGUUAAUUUUUCAUCCAUUCAUGAGCGGUGGAGUGACGGUCCCUUCAGUGGGAUAUGGGAAAGCUUUCGCUGCAGAGUUCAGUGUCAGCUUUACUCUUAUGUUCGUUGUCACUGCAGUGGCCAACGGCACAAGAGCUGUGCGAUUGUUCGCGGGAAUCGUGGUGGGAGCCACUGUCAUGAUCAACAUACACAUGGCGGGGGCAGCAACUGGGAGUUCAAUGAACCCGGCUAGAACACUGGGUCCAGCAAUUGCUGCACACAACUACAAGGGCAUAUGGAUCUAUCUCACAGCUCCAAUACUUGGAUCUCUAUGUGGGGCAGGUGCCUACACUGUGCUCAAGCUGCCUGAUCGCAACACUACUAUGCAGGAAGAGUGAUAGCAACAAAGGCACCUUCUGCUCAUAAUGGGAGCUUCAGAAGGUGAUGAUAUGAUUAACCAUAUCCCCGGCAAUUCUUCAUCACAUGCUGCACGUACCUAUAUAUUAGAUUACAUAUCGAUCUGUUUAAUGUAAAGUAUGAGUUAUUUUUGCACAUGCACGUACCAUGCAUGCAUCUUCUGUGGCUGUUGUUGUUUUACUAAAUAUUAUGAGUAGAAAGAAAACGAGCAGCAUGGGAUCUUUACCUCCCAUUUUGUCAUCUUGUUGUUGUGGACUUUUCCUAUUCCAUUCAUCUUCACUUCACUCAAAAUUAAAUAAUAAGGUUUCUUAAUUUAAUAAUUUA